CUCGUCCGCUCCAUCUUCUCCAACCCCAACGACAACACCAAGGUCACCCUUGUCUUUGGCAACGUCACCGAGAAGGACAUCCUCCUCAAGCACGAGCUCGCCGAGCUCGAGAACAAGUACCCCCAGCGAUUCCGUGCCUUCUACGUUCUCGAUAACCCCCAAGGGCUGGGCUGGCGGCUCCGGCUUCAUCACCAAGGACCUCCUCAAGACCGUGCUCCCCGAGCCCAAGUCCGACAACAUCAAGAUCUUCGUCUGUGGUCCCCGGGCCUGAUGAAGUCCAUCUCCGGCCCCAAGGUUAGCCCCAAGGACCAGGGCGAGCUUACUGGGUCCCUGAAGGACCUCGGCUACAACAAGGACCAGGUCUACAAGUUUUAA